AGGCCCCAUAAAUAGCAGCAGAGCCAGAGCUGGAGCUUCAGCCGGCGCCAGCGGCUGGAGCGGCGAGGAGCUGGCCGAGCUGAGCAGCAAGGCAAGAGAGAAAAAGGGAGGCCCCCCAUUAUCCAAGACCCCCACAGGCUCUGAGCAGCACCUUGAUUUCAAGAGAGGCUCAACUACUUGACUAAUUGGGACCAUGUCGGAAUCUGAGCUCGAAUGGGUACCCGAGCCCCCAGCUAUGACCCUAGGGGCCUCCAGAGUGGAGCUUCGAGUGUCCUGCCAUGGGCUUCUGGACCGAGAUACCCUCCAGCAAGCCCCCUGUGUCUUGCUCAAACUCUACUCUGAUGAACAGUGGAUGGAGAUGGAGCACACUGAGGUAAUUCGAUCUUGCUCCAGCCCAGUCUUCUCCCGAGUGCUGGCCCUAGAAUAUUUCUUUGAGGAGAAGCAGCCACUGCAGUUCCAUGUGUUUGAUGCUGAAGAUGGGGCCACCAGCCCUACAAAUGACACCUUCCUCGGCUCUGCUGAGUGUACCCUGGGCCAGAUUGUAUCUCAGACGAAGGUCACCAAACCUCUACUGUUGAAGAAUGGGAAAAAUGCUGGCAAAUCCACCAUCACGAAUGUGGCAGAAGAGGUAUCUGGAACCAAUGAUUAAGUGCAGCUCACGUUCCGAGCCCAGAAACUGGACAACAAGGAUCUGUUUAGCAAGUCGGAUCCCUUCAUGGAGAUCUACAAAACCAACGGAGAUCAGAGUGAUCAGCUCGUCUGGAGGACUGAGGUGGUGAAGAAUAACCUGAGUCCAAGCUGGGAACCCUUUCGCCUGUCCCUCCACUCUUUGUGCAGCUGUGAUAUUCACCGGCCUCUCAAGUUCAUGAUCUACGACUAUGAUUCAAAUGGGAAGCAUGACUUCAUUGGAGAGUUCACUAGCACCUUCCACGAGAUGCAAGAGGGCACAGCUGGGUCAGGACAGGAGAUGCAGUGGGAGUGCAUCAACCCCAAGUAUCGGGACAAGAAGAAGAAUUACAAGAACUCCGGGACAGUGACGCUGGUUCAGUGCACGGUGGAGAAGGUACACACUUUCCUGGACUACAUUAUGGGUGGCUGCCAGAUCAGUUUCACGGUGGCUAUUGAUUUCACAGCCUCUAAUGGAGACCCCAAGGAGCAGCCAGUCUCUACAUUGCCUUAGCCCAGGCAGCCCAACCACUACCUUCAGGCCCUCCGUGCUGUUGGGGGCAUCUGCCAGGACUAUGACAGUGACAAGCGGUUCCCAGCAUUUUUUGGGGCUAGGAUCCCUCCAAACUUUGAGGUGUCCCAUGACUUUGCCAUCAACUUCGAUCCUGAAAAUGCCGAGUGUGAAGAGAUCUCUGGGGUCAUUGAUUCCUACCGCCGAUGUCUACCCCAGAUCCAGCUGUAUGGCCCCACCAACGUGGCUCCCAUCAUUAACCGUGUAGCCGGUCCAGCCAAAAGGAGCAAAAGCAGCGGAAAGGCCACUAAAUAUUCAGUGCUGCUAGUACUGACAGAUGGAGUAGUCACUGACAUGGCAGAGACCAGGACAGCCAUCGUCCGGGCUUCCCGUCUACCCAUGUCCAUUAUCAUUGUGGGUGUGGGCAAUGCCGAGUUUCUGACAUGGCGGAUGCUGGAUGGUGACGAUGGGACUCUCCGCUGCCCUCGUGUGGGUUCCGGCUGCCCGGGACAUUCGUUUCAGUUUGUGCCCUUCCGUGACUUCAAGAUUUCCUUCUCCUUGACCUCACCUACUCAGGCACCACCAUCAGCUCUAGCUAAAUGUGUCCUGGCUGAGGUACCCAAGCAGGUGGUUGAAUACUAUGCCAGCCAAGGCAUUUCUCCUGGAGCUCCAAGGUCCUGCACCCCAGCCACCACCCCAAGUCCAUGACCCUGAGGCCAGAGAAUCUGGAUACCCCCUUCAACCUCUCAGUGCCUGUUCUGUCCCCUGUGACUAGAGUGACCAGUGCCUCUGCCUUUUGGAUCAGCUGUGCCCCAGGGAGACCUGCAAGUGGAUGUGGGCCCCUGCAUCCCACUCUCAUUCAGGCCCUCUUGGCUUCUAUUCCAUUGCUUCUCAGUCCUUUUCUGAGUGUCCCCCAGGUCCCCAAGUCUCUGUUAAUAAAGUGACCCAUUACUAAUCA